CAGAGGCGCGAGGGUCGGCGGAGUUUCUUCAGAGGAACUACCGCCCUGGGAGGAAGCGUCUGUUUAGUUUCAACACAGACGACUGGGCUUGGGAGCCUACGAGGUUGCAGUCUGGAGGGCGCCAACAGCAGCUACCAGGGCUGCUUUUCCUGAACACGCUGCAAGCACGUCAAGGUAGUCGGAGUCCCCUAACAAUGGAUAAAUUCGUCAUUCGAACGCCUAGAAUCCAGAAUAGCCCUCAGAAGAAAGAUUCUGGAGGAAAGGUUUACAAGCAGGCCACGAUUGAAUCUCUGAAGAGAGUUGUGGUUGUAGAAGACAUAAAAAGAUGGAAAACUAUGCUGGAGCUUCCUGAUCAAACCAAAGAGAAUCUUGUUGAAGCCUUACAAGAAUUAAAGAAGAAAAUACCCUCCAGGGAAGUGUUAAAAUCAACAAGGAUAGGUCACACUGUGAACAAGAUGCGUAAACACUCAGAUUCAGAAGUGGCUUCUCUUGCCAGAGAAGUUUACACUGAGUGGAAAACUUUCACUGAAAAACAUUCAAAUAGACCUUCUAUUGAAGUUAGAAGUGAUCCCAAAACCGAGUCGUUUAGGAAAAAUGCUCAGAAAUUACUCUCAGAAGCCUUGGAAUUAAAGAUGGAUCACCUACUGGUUGAAAAUAUUGAGCAGGAAACGUUUCAUCUCUGCUCCCGCCUCAUUAAUGGGCCGUACCGGCGGACGGUGAGAGCCCUGGUCUUCACAUUAAAGCACCGAGCUGAAAUCCGGGCUCAGGUGAAGAGCGGCUCGCUGCCAGUCGGCACGUUUGUACAGACCCACAAAAAGUGACCUGAGGACGGUUCCAGCCCUGGGCCAGGCAGAGAGGAAAAUGGGCCUGUCUCUGCCGUUCAAAGACGCUUUUGAGUUUGGGUGAUGGCUGAUGCUGGCUGUGCUAGAUUUUCCCAUGGUGCCGUUCCUUUGCAGACAGAGGAUUCGGAGAGCCCUAGGAGACAGGCCUGCAGGAAUGUGCUUCAUUAGCUGGAGUGCGCUGGUGCUGCCUAACAGAACGCACACUGGCUGUCACUAGGAAGCGCCAUACGGUUGCUAUCACCCAACAUGGUGAAAGGGUGAUGGAUUUCACUGUGAGUAUGCCAAGGACACCUCUAAACUUCCCCCAUGUCAGGCAGAUGAAGUUACUACUAUAUUUCACCACCCUGCAGGUAACUGAAACUCAAUUACCGCUGCCGCUCACUCGGUUCCAUCCCCCUGAGUUUAGAUAGCUCUGGUGCCUCUCAGAACUCCCCUGUCUGUUCUCUUUGCUCUACCCCAGGGGUGAGCCUGCCAGAGCCAGCCGACUACCCCUUCUUCCCAGAGCUCACUUAUCUGAACGUUUCAGCUCUCCCUGGAAGACCUUCUGCGUUGGUCUCCAGAGCCCCCAUGCUGAGGCUACUAAUGAGGAACUGGCCCGAAGCCUCCCACACCUCAGGGUUUAUUUGAAUACGCUGGCGCUCUCAGUUUAGGGCUCUGUAGAAGAUACAUAAUGAAAUUUCUCUUGAAAUGAAUUACUGCAGUAGAAAAAAGUACAUACAUAUAUAUGUUAAAAUGAAAUAUCUCUACACAGGCCUGUUUUAACAAUUAUGUAAAUAACACUUGUUUUUUUAAAAGUAA